ACAUCCUCCAAACUUCAGGGGCAUAUUCGUCCUUUCACAACAACCGAAAAUGGUUGAAUUCUGAUCUCACAGAGUCAUACAGUGUGAUGGACCUCGCGCUGAAACCUGUUUGAUACAUACAUACAUGAUACAUACACAUACACUGCAUUUUCUUCACAUUAAUCACUUUUUUUUUCUCUCCAAAAUCCGAGAUUUAAUCUUCAAUUUUACGGUGAAAACCCUAGAUUUUCUCAAUCGAGGAGAGAGAAAAUGCAAAGAAAAGGAUCAAAUCAAAGGUUAUCAAGUAGUAGUAGCAAUAAGCUGCUUCGAUCUCGAAUUUCGUUUCUCAUGCUCUCCAUGUUCGCCACCAUUGCUUCCUUCUAUGUUGCAGGAAGAUUGUGGCAGGAUGCACAGAAUAGGGUUUAUAUUAUUAAUGAGCUUGAAAAAAUUACAGGUCAGGGACGAAGUGCCAUUUCAGUUGAUGAUUCUCUGAAAGUUAUAGCAUGCAGGGAACAACAGAAGAAACUCUCAGCUCUUCAGAUGGAGUUGGCUGCUGCUAGGGAAGAAGGCUUUGUUCCAAAAUAUCAUGGGAGAAACAAAGCUAAGGGUGGAAAAAAGCCACUGGUUGUAAUAGGCAUAUUGACAAGUUUUGGGCGGAAAAGUAAGAGAGACGCGGUCCGCAAGGCAUGGAUGGGAACAGGUACUGCUUUAAAGAAGAUGGAGAACGAGAAGGGCAUUGUUCCUCAGUUUGUCAUUGGAAGAAGUGAAAAUCGUGGAGAUAGUCUAGACUUGGACAUUGACAUUGAGAACAGACAGAACAAUGAUUUCAUUAUUCUUGAGGACCAUGUGGAGACUUCUAAAGAGCUACCAAAGAAGACUAUGUAUUUCUUUGCUCAUGUUGCCAAUAACUGGGAAGCAGAGUUCUACGCCAAGGUCAAUGAUGAUGUUUAUAUAAAUAUUGAUGUCCUGGGAAAUACUCUUGCAGCUCAUGUGAGUGACCCUCGAGUUUAUAUGGGAUGUAUGAAGUCUGGUGAAGUUUUCUCUGAACCGAACCAGAAAUGGUAUGAGCCAGAGUGGUGGAAAUUUGGUGACGGAAAAUCGUACUUCCGCCAUGCUUCUGGUGAAAUAUUUGUCAUAUCACAAGCACUGGCAAAAUUUGUCUCGAUAAAUAGAUCUAAUCUCCGCACCUAUGCGCAUGAUGAUGUCAGUGUAGGCUCCUGGUUUAUUGGGCUUGAUGUGAAACAUAUUGAUGAAAGAAAGUUUUGCUGUUCAUCGUGGGCAUCAUCAGGAGCUAUAUGUGCCGGAGUUCGAUGAGAAUUUCGAAGUUCUAUUCUGACUGCAAUACCGUGCAGACGGCUGUCAAUUUUCUCAACAAGAGAUUAUCUUUUUUCCUUGCUGAGGCCAUAUAGGAUACGUUGGAUCUCUAACCUGCCUUCUCUUAUAUUACUAUACUAGAUAGUAGAUACUCCGAGUAGGUAGUAACUACAGAUGAGCAAAUAGGUAGAGCAAAUGAUGCUUAACCACAACUAGCCUUCACAUAGCUCUUGUUUUAUUGGAAAACUGUAUGUGGUUAAGCAUUUGUUACCCCUUUUCUCAGGACACAUUUGUUCUCCAAAGAAAAAAGAAGUCAUCUACACUUUGUCCUGUAUUAUAUGCAACCUCCACUUUACAACCUGCAUUAUGUGUGAAUUUCAGCUCUUGUAAAUUCCCCUAGACAUAUUGGAUUGUUAUCCUCCCUUUA